AUGGCCACAACGCCAGGCGCUACGGCCGCCUCCAACGUGAUCACGAGACGGGCUGAAGGCAGCCUACCGCGCUUUAUCCCGGUCCCCGACCGCUUUACCGACAUGUACCGAUGGACAAAUGAAUCUUGCGGCCCGAAAUCAUACCCAUGUACCAACUUACAAAAUCCACCGGCCACUGAUUACCCCCUGUCGUAUACUGGUGUUGCCAUAGAAGAGAGCGUGAGCGUCGAUGGAUCCAAGACGGAGCGCGACGUGGCAUGUUGCCUAGAAGGCUAUAGUUUCACAUUCAACGGGCCGCCAGACUUCCUUGCAACAACCUCAGUCGAGUACCCGCUAGUCGGUCCAUUCCAUUACGUCGCACGCACUCCGAUGCUUCCUGGGCCGCGACGGUCCUCCUUGGACCGUGACCGUGACCGAGAACCCCGGCCCGCUGAGCAUAGCUAAUUCACACAGCAACCCUUUCUUCCGCAAUACAAGUGAACUACUGGCUGGUUUGAUUGACGGAACGAUUGGGGGCUUCUGUUGUUUUUCAGGGGGUUGGUGGCCGGCUGCGUUAACCACUCGGCCGAGGAGACCGACAGUCAAUACUCGAGGGUCGCAAGAGUCGACCUGAUUAUGUGAGUUUCACUUUUCUCAGAGUUGGAGCAUCUUCUUAGAUUCUACUUCCCGUUUCAUUACCUCGUCGAAACGAGCGUCAGUCUCUGACUGAAAGGAACUCCGAGGGUCAAGCUUGUGUGCACAAGGAAGGUUGAGGUUGAGGUUCCUCCGUGUCGUCGAUACAUCUGGCUCGUCAUACUCUACCUGUGCAUAAUAACACACUAAGAUCAUGCAGCCCUAGAUGGCGUGGCGGCAUCCGCGAACC